CGAGCCCGCCUGUCAGGCGGCGGGGCACUGGCGGCCUCAGCCGGGACGUUGGGUCCGGCCCGGCGGGCCGCGGAGCGGCGGCGCUGCGGGGCCGGGCGGGCGCGGCGCGGAGGAAGUGCGGUCUUCGCGGCUUGGCGCGGGGCCGCAAUGUUGUCCCGACUCGGGCGCGCUGACUCGGGAACCGGGGGCGCGCGGCGGCCGCGGGAGCCUCCGGAGCAGGAGCUGCAGCGACGCCGGGAGCAGAGGCGGCGGCGGCACGACGCGCAGCAGCUGCAGCAGCUCAAGCACCUGGAGUCCUUUUAUAAAAACCUCCUCCUGGACUUAUCAAGGAGGAUGAGACUAAGCCAGAAGACUGUAUACCAGAUGUCCCAGGCAAUGAACAUGCCAGGGAAUUUCUGGCCCACGCACCAACCAAAGGACUUUGGAUGCCACUGGGGAAAGAAGUCAAAGUCAUGCAGUGAUACAACAGUUAAAACAGUUACUGGAGGAUUCAACAUCAGAUGAAGAUGGGAGCAGCUCCAGUUCCUCAGAAUGUAAAGAGAAACACAAGAAAAAGAAGAAAGAAAAGCAUAAGAAAAAGAAGAAAGAAAAGAAAAAGAAGAAAAAACAAAAGCAUAAGUCUUCCAAGUCAAAUGAGAGUUCAGACUCAGAAUGACAAGAGUUUGACUUGUUCAACAUUCUCUUCUCAAAAAUCAAACACUGUGGUCAAAGAUCAGAGGAAUGUGGAAUCAGAGAGGAAUAGGAGAGAGAGACACCAAGAGAGGAGGAGAUUUAGUGUCACAGGUGUGAAUUCUCACCUACCUUCCAGUAAAGAUGUGACCCCCACAGGAGAGUGAGUUGUAUCUUGCCAGGUGCUAGCUCUGGACAGCAGCUGAUUUCAGGCUGGAAAGCUUUUCUCAUUGUUCUCCCUGCUGAUCACUGUGGGUCCUGAUUCCUUAGAAAUGCCUCUGGCAGGGUGGCCAGACUAAAGGAAUCUCUGAGGAAGCUCUUCCAGUUGCUGCCGCAGCUUCUACCCUCCAUGGUGGGGCUGCUUAACGCCCUUAGAUUUCAGGUUUGACUUUCCUCUGUCGCUGAGGAUAAAAGCUCAUUACUUUAUUUAUUAAAAAAAAUAAUCAUUUAUUUUUGAAUCAUAAUAAUAUACUUAUAUGGUCCAAAUUUAAAAGCUAUAUAAGGGGAAUUCCUUGGCUGUCCAGUGGUUAGGACUCGGCCCUUUCACUGCCAUGGCCCGGGUUCAAUCCCUGGUCAGGGAACUGAGAUCCUACAAGCCGCAAGUUGUGGUCAAAAAAAAAAUUAUAAAAGGUAUAUAAGGUUUAAUCAUGAAAAACUUUCCUCUUCUCUUCCCCAGCUACUGAGUUCCCUUUCCCAAUGGUUAUCCAUUUUACCAGUUUCUUGUGAAGUCAUACAGAAAUGUUUUGUGUAUCACAAGCAAAUGUUUUUUCUCUUUUUUAACACAAAUACUAGCAUACCACACACAUUUGUCUGCAUUGUUUUUUUCAUUUUUUAAAUCAACAGUGUAAAGUAUGUUGGUCUUUGCUGCACACAGAAGUCUUGAGUUCAUAAAUCCCUGUUAUGCUUGGUUGAGUUUUUUAGGGGGAAAGGCUAUCCUAUAAGAACAAUGAACAAUCAUGUCUUUAUCUUCCUUAGCACUAUUGCCAUUGUCCCAUGAUUAUUAUUAUUCCCAGAAUAACUGAUUCAGAAAACUUAUAAGGAUAUAGGAAUUACUGUACUGGUCAGUUACCCACAUCCCAAAAUAUAUCUUCAUCCUGUUGGCUAAGCGCAGCCUACACGAGAACUUCUGGCUUUGACUGCUGCAGCUGAGGCAGCUCAGCAGGUUGGGAUGGUGCCUGCAGCUAGGAGAAGGUGUCUGUUCUUGCUGAGCCAAAGUGGAGCCAGAUUUUGCUCAUGAGCAAGUGUCCUUCCCUCUCCACUAGGGUCUCUUGCUGUUUUCAUCACUCAGGGUCCCAGGACCUCACUGUUCCCACUUCCUGCCUUUUUUCCUAGGGAUUGGAUUCCCCCCUCUUUAAAGAAUAACUGAUGCGGGCCGGGCUGACUCCUUCCCAAUUUUCCUCAGUAACUGCUCCUAGUCUUGGCCUUGGAAAGUUUAUCUCAAUAACACAGUUGGCUGGAAUGGCCCAGGACUUGCUCUUCCUGAAAACCCUAAGUCUAGUUAAUUCAAGCAGUGCCUUACACAUAUCCUUGGCAUUUCUAGCUCAGCAUGCAGCAGAAAAUUCUCCUUCUAGGAAUUUUCUUUCUCCUGCUAGAGUCCCAUUCAUGAUAAACAUAUUCUAUUAUAAUAUGGAAGAAUAAUAUCAAUGAUUCUUGAGCUUAUGGUGCAUCAAAAUGACCUGGAAUGCUUGUUAAAACAGAUUCCCAUGCCCUACUCCUAGUUUCAGAAUUUCUGAUUUAUUGUACUAAUUCUGGAAUGGACUGUGGAAUUUGCCUUUCUAACAAGUUCCCAAAUGAUGCUGAUGCUGUCAGUUUGGGGACCAGAUUUGAAGAACCGCUGAUCUAAAUGUUUAACCUCUUACUAAAGCCUUUCUCCACUUUCUGCUUUAACGGGAAUCUCUCCAUCCACUGUAGCCCCUGCAAGUUAAUUCCUGUCCCUUCUCCCUCACUCCAGGUUUCUCUGUCUUCUAUUUCUGGCCUACAUUCUGUGGUCCAUCAGUUAAGCCUGUUAUCUCCCUUGACCUGUGGUUUUUCUGCCCAGCUUACCCAAAAGAACCUCAAACCAAACUCUUCCUCCUCUGUUCUGAUUCCUAGACUGCUGAGCCCAUAAAGCUGUCAAUCAAAUUCCUUCAUCCUAAAACCUCUUUCCUCAAACUCAGUACUCUCUACUAUUAAGGAAGUCAAAAGAAGCCACCAGACCUCCCUUUACUAAGGUAUCUUAUCAGCCUGCCAUCAUGGUUGUGGUAGGCGAAAUUGUAAAACAGCCCCAAGGUUUCCUACCCAAACCUAUAGAACUGUUACUUUAAGGGAUUUUACUCCCAUGAUUAGAUUAUGUUAAAAGAUAGUUUGGCCUUUUAAGGGUGACUGUUUGGGUGAUCUGAACCAAAUUACAUGAUAUUUUUCUUUUUUUAAUAAAU